GAUAGUGAGGGUUUGUUCGUCCAUUCAUGUUUAAUUGUGGGUGUUAAUUUGUGAAAUAUAAACGUCGUUUUUUUCAAACAUUUGUUAUUUUUGCUCAAAACAUUUUCGAAAUUCGAAAAUAAUCCGACUUUAAGCACUACAGUUGCAGACUUGCAGUAUACUUAUUCAAAAACUGGUUCAGGCAAGUACCCCCACCCCACUUCCAUCUUCAUCCACCGUCCACCGCCGCAGCUCCCCAUCUCUUCGCCUCCGAUUUCUCCGGCAGCCGCGCACAGCUUAACCUACCUCCACUACUCGAAGCAUCGUUUGCACAACAAGCUCAUUUCUUGCUCGGCAAAAUAGGAGAGAGAAAGAGAGCUUUAUUUUAAUGGCGCAGCAGAAAGCGGAGGAUGCAACACACCCUUUUAAGAAUCUCUACAGUAGAGAAUAUCAGGGUCACAAAAAGAAGGUGCAUUCAGUGGCUUGGAAUUGUAUUGGAACUAAGCUUGCUUCGGGUUCGGUUGAUCAAACGGCUCGAGUUUGGCACAUUGAACCUAAUAGUCAUGGAAAGGUAAAGGAUAUUGAAUUUAAGGGGCACACUGAUAGUGUGGACCAGCUCUGUUGGGAUCCCAAACACGCAGAUCUACUUGCAACUGCAUCAGGGGAUAAAACAGUUCGUUUGUGGGAUGCUCGCAGUGGAAAAUGCUCACAGCAAGCAGAACUUAGUGGUGAAAAUAUUAACAUUACAUACAAACCUGAUGGGGCACACAUAGCUGUUGGAAACAGGGAUGAUGAACUAACAAUUCUAGAUGUUAGAAAAUUUAAGCCAAUUCACAGACGCAAGUUCAAUUAUGAGGUUAAUGAGAUUGCAUGGGACAUGACUGGAGAGAAGUUCUUUCUGACAACUGGAAAUGGUACUGUUGAAGUCCUUGCAUACCCCUCUUUGAAGGCACUUGACACUCUUACGGCUCACACUGCUGGUUGCUAUUGUAUUGCGAUUGAUCCACUAGGAAGAUAUUUUGCUGUUGGAAGUGCUGACUCAUUGGUCAGUCUUUGGGAUAUUAAAGAGAUGCUAUGUGUUCGAACAUUUGUAAAACUCGAGUGGCCUGUUCGAACAAUAAGUUUUAAUCACACUGGAGAAUAUAUUGCUUCAGCCAGUGAAGAUUUAUUUAUUGACAUAGCAAGCAUUGAAACUGGACGAUCUAUCCAUCAAAUACCUUGUCGGGCGGCAAUGAAUAGUGUUGAAUGGAAUCCAAAAUCAAAUUUGCUUGCAUAUGCUGGAGAUGAUAAAAACAAAUACCAAGCCGAUGAAGGUGUUUUCCGCAUAUUCGGGUUCCAGAGUGCUUAGUUUUUGCAGUGCGACUGUACGAGGCAUUAGUAUGCACACUUUCCCUUCCCUUGAUAGCAUUCUGCUGAACUGUUGGUGUGGAAUGAGACAUGUGUAUGUUAGGUGGAUUACAGAUAAGUUAACUGUGCUAGAUUGCUAAUAAUGUAUUCCAAUUCGACCAAAUAUUAAAGAGAUGAAGCAGUAGCUGUGGCAAUCUGUGUAGAGGCAGGCAAUGGAUUAUUCACAUGGAAUAUGGUUCAAGUCCAAUUCUUUUGGAUCAUAUGUAGUUUGUCAUUCAGUUCGGAUUGGCUAAUGUGGGAUACAAAUAGUUUUUCUGUAAAAAUCACCAAAGUAUUUUUUUAAUCUUCAGAAUUAGUCAGAUUUGGUUCCAGUCAACACUUUUUAAAACUCCCCAACUAAGCUUCUCUGAAGGAGGCAUGCUUAAGAAAAGAAAGAGGAUGGAUGAGAAAGGAACAUCAAUGGGAGACUUGAGCAUCAACCACUAGUAAUUAACUAGUUAUGGCUUUGUUUUGGGAUGGCUGGGCUUAAUGUUUCCAAUUUGAAACAAAUAUCAUUGCUGAGAAAUGUAGGUAAUUUUGCUCUGAAAUAUACUUGAAAUAUUCCGUUCAGAAGUAAAACAUUCUUAACUUA